AUGCAUCUCAGGCACAAGCUAGAAGCCAUGGGAAUAGGAGGGUGCGCAUGCACCAGUCACAGGUGCUUUGUGCCUAAUUCGAUGGUCGAUUUUCAAAAGGGCGAAAGCAGACAGAUGAACAUGGACUAUGCCCUGUGCAACACCUUGAGUCACAAUACAGAUGGACUUUGCCAGGUGUUGACAUUCUAUGACGUCAAUUGCCAGUACAACAAGCACCUCUGGCAGCGGGUGGACGAGAGCCUUCAUCUCAGCCUUCCUUUGGGAAUGGACAUUAUCCCGGGGAUAGGACUGUGGCAUGUUCAUGGCCACCAAGACAAGUGCUAUGUUUGGUACACAUCCAAUUUCAUCCCAGGGGCCGCCAGAAUAGAUGGGGAGAUCAUGGAAACACUGUGGGUGCCUCUGAACAUUAUAUCUCCUUCCGCCUGGGGAAUGUCAACCCCGCAAUGA